AUGAAAAGAUAUGGAGCCCAAUCCACCCCUGGCGUCACUUCACGUCUAUUUGGGUUUUUUAAUUCUUUACGUUCUACUGACUUGUCGAGAAUCUUUUGGAACAUAACGAGAAUCCAGUGCCACUGUACCUUGGGGAAAAGGAAGAAAACCCCAACACUACUAUGGCUCCAGAAGCAGGAUUGCACAUUCUUCACUCGGAAAGAAAUCCUUCGGUUGCAUGGCCGAUACCAUGAAAUGGCACCAAACGUUGUGCCUAUGGACUAUACAAAGGACCCAGAUGUUAAACUACCUAUGCAGCUUAUAAUAAACAUGCCUGAGCUAAAGGAGAAUCCCUUCAAGGAAAGGAUUGUGGAAUCUUUCUCAGAAGAUGGAGAGGGGAGCCUCAGCUUCAAUGAUUUUGUGGAUAUGUUCUCUGUGCUCAGUGAAAUGGCUCCCAGAGAGCUUAAAGCAAUCUAUGCCUUUAAGAUCUAUGAUUUUAACACAGAUAACUUCAUUUGUAAAUCAGACUUGGAAAAAACCCUCAAUAAGCUGACCAGAGAAGAGCUAACAGCAGAAGAAAUCACUCUAGUUUGCGAGAAAGUGAUAGAAGAAGCUGACAUGGAUGGUGAUGGAAAACUAGGAUUUGCAGAUUUUGAAAACAUGAUUUCCAAAGCACCGGACUUUCUCAGUACUUUCCACAUAAGAAUCUGA